AUGCCGAAGAAGAAGCAGGUUGCGCUGGGCUCUGAAGAUGCUGAAGAGGGGUCGUUGGCGAAGACUAGAUCAUCCCCGCCAGUCUCGGGGGACGCUUCCUAUGUCAAUUCCGUGAGGAUCAGAAGCCUAGAGGAAAGGAACGAGGCUCUAAAGAAGCAGGUCGAGGAGCUCGAGCGGGAGCUGUCGCAGAAACAAGAAGAUGAAUUGGAUAUUUGUUCGCAUCUGCAGAGAGAUCUUGCUGUGAAGUCCGAACGGAUAGCAGCACUUGAGGACGAGGAGAACAAGACUCUGCUAGAGAACGAGCUGAUAGAGCUCCGACACGAAGUUUCGGAACUGAAAAAUCGCCAUGAUGUGGAGGUGUCGGACUUGAUAAGAGAUUUCGAUUUCAAGUACGCGGCAGUCCGUAUACAGUGUGAUAGAAAGAUCGAUGAGACAGAGUCCAGCGUUGAAGAGCGAGCGAUGCAGAGAGCAACCCGUCCUGAUAUGAAUUCAGUCGAUGACGUCACCAAGAAGGCAAUCCGCUUGAACAAGAAAAGGCUGAUUCUUGUAGAGAAUCUUCAGAAAGAGGUUGAUUACCUGCAGUCGACAGUCGAGCGCAUGUCGAGAGAGAACAAGACCUUGCGGACUGACCUGGAGAUCAAAGAACAAGAGAUUCACAAGCUGGCGGAAAAGAUGGGACAGCAGCGUCAGUUCAUGAACCAUCAGGGAAGGAAACUGCAGGAUCAAGCAAACCAUGAAUCCAUCUCGAAAGUGGAAGUGGAUCGUUGUAAACAGGAGAAUGCCAUCUUGAAAUCAAAAGUUGUAGAGUUGGAGAAUAAGUUGAAUGUUCAGACGAGGCAGAUGCAACAUCUUCAGUAA